AUGAAGGAAGAUGUCACGACGGUCAGCCCGACACUCGGUUUUAUUAUCAAAACAAUAGAUUUUGAAGGAUAUCGAUUAAACAUAUUAUCUCUGCAGCGAAGCUUGACUGACUCUUGGCCACAAGGGGAUGUCGGAGGGCAAAAAACACUUCGAUCCUACUGGAAAAACUACUUCGAAAAGACCGAUACACUUGUCUGGGUUGUAGAUGCGACAGACCGUCUGCGAGUCGAUGAUUGUCGCGAUGAACUCGCAGGGCUCCUUUUGGAAGAGCGUCUGAUGGGAGCCAGCCUCCUGAUAUUUCUGAAUAAGACAGAUGUCGAGGGCUGUAUGGCUGAGGACGAAGUCCGACAGGUGAGUAAAUAUCUUCCGCCUCCAUUAGCAGGCUACUUCGAACGCGUGCUGAUUGCGAGUUAA